CACGAUUUGCAAUCAGACUAAUCUGAACCCUGAUUCGGCUCUUAUCAGCACGUUACGCAGGUGAGGGUGAGAUACAGUGUCACGUUACAGCCCGGAUUCAGUUCCAAUCUGGGGUGCCCAGGUGGACGGCUCCCAGACGCUAGUUGGGGUCGCGUGCCUUUCGCAAACCAUCGAAUUCCCAUACGUACAUCCAUCCUGUAAAUGGCGGAGAACCAACGACGCAGCCAACGCUUUCCGUAUUCUACGAACAAGCGUGCAAGACAAGCUUGCGAGAAUUGCCGUCGGAAGAAGUCGAAAUGUACAGGAGAGAGACCUGAUUGUUCGUGUUGUGUGCGUUUACGACAAAAAUGUGUCUAUGCCGCUCAUCAUCGAACUCGCGAGAGGUCCACCGAGCCUCACAAUGACACCAGCGGCGCUCCUCAAGCGGUUGGCACCGACAAUUCAGAGCGUCUUAACGCGAUUGAAGACAUGCUGAAAAAUCUUGCUGCGGUGAUCGACGUUCAAAGACACUCUGCGCCAGCCAAGUCUCCCACCCAUCAGGGCCAGGAUGAUGAACAUCAGACGGCGAGAUUCUCACAGGAACCUGUCAUCCAACUUUCACCAAUCUCACUCCCUACUGUGCCACACUCUCUUUACCCCGGCAUACAGGAUGCGCAAUUACCAGACACAGUCAUAGCAGAAGGGAUCGCGCUCUACUUUUCCAACUUCUGCAAUCAGCCGUGUCCCAUUUUGGCCAAUUCUCAAUCCCUCGAACCCGGGGAAAGUGAUCCCAUAGCCCCAAUGAUCCUGUAUGCCAUGUUGGCUCUUAGCUUACGCUCGUCCCGGCAUCCGUUUUUCAAAGAUACGUCUGUAAGAACGAGAUGUAUAGCUAAUCUGACACAGCUCGCAUGGAAUCUUAUCACCAUGGCAUACUGUGAGUUUGAGAUUGAUGAUGUUUAUUUCCAGGCGCUUUGUCUUCAGGCACAGGUGGACUCAGGUGACGGGAAGCUUGAGAGAGCACGAGCCCAGGUUGCCAUUGGUUUGCGAGUCGCACAAGCCCGUGACAUGCUCCGCGUUGAUUCUCUUGAUGGCCUGGAGCUCGCCGAUCGAGCUCGGAGACAGGAGAUCAUAUGGUCACUGUUUAUGCUCGACAGAAUGCUUCUUGGGGGAAAUACGAAGAACCCAUCGACCCCGACUGCCGUCUUCGAACUCCCUGUCAUCCAGAGCGGUCCUUGUCACCCCGAUGGUUCUCCUCAGACUGCAGAGUCUGAUGUUUCGUUAGAAUCUGUAGAUUCAGAUAUUCCACUCCCACCACAGAGUGUCGCUUGUCUACAAAUACAAACGAUUCGGAUAUGGGAGUGCAUCAUCGACUACAUCGCCCAGCCCCCUUUGAGCACCGACAUUCCUCUCUGGAGACACGAUUCGCCCCGGGCUGCAAUCUUGACGAAACUUCUAGACAUCGAGACAAGGUGCGAGACUGCAGGACACACUCUAACAUGUGUGGGUUCGCCUGCCCGUGUGUUGGAAGAACCACGAUUGACAAGCUACUUUGUCAUUUGGCUGCGGUUUCACAUGACUUUGUCUGCGGUAAACUGCAUCUUAAACCACCCUUUCAUUAUCCACGUCAAAACUGCACGCCUCAAACACAAAAUCCCACUGACUUUCUUACAAAAGUCUUAUGAGUUCUCUUUGAUCCAUGCUAAUUGGGUGUUCAGGCUUCUCAAUCACAUGAACGAAGCCGAACUGAUGCUCCAUGACCCCUUUCUCGGUCAUCUGGUCGCAAUUGCGGCGUCAGUCCAUUUGGAACAUACCAGAAGCCAGUAUCCGACGGUAGCUGCAUCCGCGAAGCAGAAAUUUGACAAAUGCUUUGACUUUGUUAAAAGACUCUCAAUGGAGUGGCCGCGAAUGCAGAUUGCUGUCUCUCUUCUAGAACAACUAGAAGCGCGUAUCCCAUACCGUUCAAAUUUGAACUACGUGGAAGAAGAGUACGAUGGUGCAGCCCCACCCGACGCAAACAAUCAAGUAUAUCUUGCGGAAGAAGACUUGCUAUUGAUGUGGAAGCUCUUCGAGUACGCUUCAACUUCUACCAAGCCAAACUCAGGGUACGCAUUUGACGCAGAGCCUGACUAUGUAAUGCGCAGCGUAAGGCCGGAUUUGAGGGAGUCAUCGACUCUCACCGAUGGCCAGGAAUCUGGUCAUCCAAGUCCGAAUACAGCCGCUGGCAUGACGGUUCACUCCAGACUGGAUGACAUUGCUGUUCGGUCUUAUGGGGAUACGCCCCUGUCCGGCGGAUCCACGUUCAACUACUUCCUUUUAAAUCACGAGCCCGAUCAUUUGCACUAUUACAGUCAUUGAGAGGGACAUGUGAGCAAUUCUAUCAGAAGCUCAUAUCCU